AUGGAGGGUUUCGGGUUAGGGUCGUGGCGGCGAGGCGAGGGUAGGAGAGCAGGUCGGGCAGCCGCCACUCGUCAGCCAUUCACCCACCUUCUCCUUUCCCCUUACUCUCUUUUCUUUCUUUCGGUCUCUGGUCACACACGAUUGCCGAACGCGUCCGUCAGAAUGUGUGGUAAAAAACUAGCGUGGGAAAGUGGCCGGUCUCCGCUUCACACACAGCUCGCCGGCUCAGCUCGUGUCCCCAAGGAGGUGUUUUUUUCAUUUGACAACAUCACAAUGUUGGACAGUGUUACAACUGCGGCUUCAAACGCCGGCCCCAUCAAAACACCAACCCACAGAAAAAUCAAUAAAUUAAUGAUGGAAAAGCGAAGACGAACACGUAUCAACAAUUGCUUGUCUGAAUUGAAAACUUUAGUGCUCAAAGCCCUAAAAAAAGAUGGCGAACAAUUUUCAAAACUGGAGAAAGUCGAUAUUCUUGAAAUGACAGUGAAAUAUCUGCGUUUUCUCCAUCAGCAACAACAAGUGAAUAUUACAACCGAUUCCCUCGGGGGAAAAUACCGUGUACCCCUUGACGUUUCUGCUGAGGUCAUGCGAUAUAUGAACAGUGAAGAGGCCCGAUCUCGUCUCACCGACCACAUCAGCAAAUGUGUCCGAGUGAGCAACGGAUCUCCGACCCAACCCAUCGCACCCCCCAACACUCAGACCCCUACACCAACGACAACACAUCAACAGAUCCCCACCCCACAAACCUCGGAACACAUCCGCCAGAGUCAACCUCAGGCAACUCCUUUGGGAGACAAUACUACACACAUAGUUCUUCCAAUUGCUUCAAAACAGUCUGAAAGUAGUUUAAUGAUGGCAACAGUUCCUGAAACUCCAUACAAGACUCUAACUGUAUCUUACACAGCCAUCAACUCACCGGUCAGUAGCAGUUCCCCACCCACACAUGUGAUUAACGCCCCUAUUAAUUCUCUCGCUGCCAUCACAACUCCAAACACUAUCACAUCUCCAUCUAUCGUUCAUAUGAAGGCUUUGGUGUCAGACAGUAAUGCUUCAAACGGUUGUUAUGUAUCCACAGUGCCAGUGUAUGUUGGUAGCAUCAGUGAAGCAAAACCCACUUCAGCCACAUUAGCCGGUUUUUAUACACAACCGCUUAAAAGAAACAGUUCACCUGAACCAAUUAAAGAACUUCCAUUGUGGAGACCCUGGUGA